AUGUUACAACAGUUUUAUCUCUGGAAAUGGUUAGCUUCAGGGAUCUUCCUUGGUUCUUUCUUCGGAGUCUGCUUUGGCCAGUAUGAUGAUGAUUGCAAACUAGCUAGGGGAGGACCACCAGCUACCAUAGUUGCUAUUGAUGAAGAGAGUCGGAAUGGUACCAUUAUAGUGGAUAACAUGCUGAUUAAAGGGACUGCUGGAGGACCAGACCCCACCAUAGAGCUCUCUUUAAAGGACAACGUGGACUACUGGGUGCUGCUGGAUCCCAUUAAGCAGAUGCUGUUCCUGAACAGCACGGGCAGAGUUCUGGAUAGAGAUCCACCAAUGAACAUCCACUCCAUCGUGGUGCAAGUCCAGUGCGUCAACAAAAAAGUGGGCACUGUUAUCUACCAUGAAGUUCGAAUCGUGGUGAGAGACAGGAAUGACAACUCACCCAUAUUCAAGCAUGAAAGCUACUAUGCCACUGUGAAUGAGCUCACCCCAGUUGGCACCACGAUAUUUACAGGAUUUGAAGGAGACAAUGGAGCUACAGACAUCGAUGAUGGCCCAAAUGGACAGAUAGAAUAUUCGAUUCAGUAUAAUCCCGAUGAUCCAACAUCCAAUGACACCUUUGAAAUUCCCCUCAUGUUGACUGGAAAUGUUCUGUUAAGGAAAAGGCUCAACUAUGAAGAUAAAACACGCUACUAUGUCAUCAUUCAAGCUAAUGAUCGGGCACAGAAUCUGAAUGAACGGCGAACCACCACCACCACCCUCACAGUGGACGUUCUGGAUGGAGAUGACUUGGGUCCGAUGUUUCUUCCCUGUGUCCUGGUGCCAAACACUCGUGAUUGCCGUCCACUCCACUAUCAAGCUGCCAUACCUGAGCUGAGAACCCCGGAAGAACUGAACCCCAUCAUCGUUACCCCACCCAUCCAAGCCAUUGAUCAGGACCGGAAUAUUCAGCCGCCAUCAGAUAGGCCGGGCAUCCUCUAUUCCAUCCUUGUUGGGACUCCUGAGGAUUACCCACGGUUUUUCCAUAUGCAUCCCAGGACUGCAGAGCUUACUCUCCUGGAGCCAGUAAACAGAGACUUUCACCAGAAAUUUGAUUUGGUUAUUAAGGCUGAACAGGACAAUGGCCACCCGCUCCCUGCCUUUGCCAGUCUGCACAUAGAAAUACUGGAUGAAAACAAUCAGAGCCCAUAUUUCACAAUGCCCAGUUAUCAAGGCUACAUCCUAGAAUCUGCCCCCGUGGGAUCGACUAUUUCUGACAGUGUAAAUCUGACCACCCCUCUAAGGAUUGUGGUUCUAGACAAGGACAUAGAAGAUACAAAAGAUCCAGAGGUUCACCUUUUCCUGAAUGACUACACCUCAGUGUUCACCAUCACACCCACCGGCAUCACCCGCUUCCUCACCUUACUGCAGCCCGUGGACAGGGAAGAACAAGACACCUACAUCUUCUCGAUGACAGCCUUUGAUGGUGUGCAAGAAAGCCAGCCAGUUGUUGUCAAUAUCCGGGUGCUGGAUGCAAAUGAUAACACUCCAACCUUCCCUGAAGUAUCCUAUAAUGUCUACGUUUAUACAGACAUGAGUCCUGGGGAUAGUGUCAUACAGCUCACUGCAUUCGACCCGGAUGAAGGGACAAAUGGGGAGAUCUCCUAUGAAAUCCUGAUUGGGGAUCAGGGAGACUUCGUCAUCAAUAAAGAAACAGGGCUUGUCACCAUCGCUCCAGGGGUGGAGCUGGUAGUGGGGCGAACCUACGCACUCACGGUCCAAGCCGCGGAUAAUGCUCCUCCUGCAGAGAGAAGGCACUCCAUCUGCACCGUGUACAUUGAAGUGCUCCCUCCAAACAAUCAAAGCCCUCCCCGCUUCCCGCAGAUGAUGUACAGCCUAGAAGUCAGUGAAGCCAUGAGGAUUGGUGCUGUUUUAUUAAAUCUACAGGCAACUGAUCGAGAGGGAGACCCAAUAACAUAUGCCAUUGAGAAGGGAGAUCCUCAGCGAGUUUUCAAUCUUUCAGAAACUACUGGGAUUCUAACCUUAGGGAAAGCACUGGACAGGGAAAGCACGGAUCGCUACAUUCUCAUCGUCACUGCACAUGAUGGCAGGCCAGAUGGGACCUCAACUGCCACAGUAAAUAUUGUGGUGUCAGAUGUCAAUGACAAUGACCCCAUGUUUGAUCCCUAUCUACCUAGAAAUCUAACUGUGGUGGAAGAAGAAGCCAAUGCCUUUGUGGGACAAGUAAGGGCAACUGACCCUGAUGCUGGAAUAAAUGGCCAAGUGUACUACAGUUUGGGAAACCUCAAUCAUCUUUUCCGUAUCACAGCCAAUGGGAGCAUUUACACAACAGUGAAGCUUAACAGGGAAGUCAGGGACUACUAUGAACUUCUUGUUGUGGCAACUGAUGGAGCGGUACACCCUCGUCAUUCAACAAUAACCCUGGCCAUCAAGGUUUUGGAUAUUGAUGAUAACAGUCCUGUGUUCACCAACUCAACAUAUACUGUUGUUGUUGAGGAGAAUCUGCCACCUGGGACCACCUUCCUUCAAGUGGAGGCCACAGAUGUUGACCUUGGAGCAAACGUGUCUUAUCGGAUAGGAAGCCCAGAAGUGAAGCAUCUUUUUGCAAUUCAUCCAUUUACAGGAGUACUCUCCCUUUUGACAAGUUUGGACUAUGAGUCAUUUCCAGACCAGGAAGCAAGUAUUACUUUCCUAGUAGAGGCCUUUGACAUUUACGGAACAAUGCCUCCUGGUAUUGCUACUGUCACAGUGAUAGUAAAGGAUAUGAAUGACUACCCUCCAGUGUUUAGUAAACGCAUGUACAAAGGGAUCGUGGCUCCAGAUGCUGCCAAGGGUACACCGAUCACGAGUGUUUAUGCUGAAGAUGCAGACCCUCCUGGAUUACCUGCAAGUCGUGUGAGGUAUAGAGUAGAUGGUGUCCAGUCUCCUUAUCCUGCCAGUAUUUUUGAUGUAGAAGAAGAUUCUGGAACAGUAAUCACUCGAGUCAAUCUUAAUGAAGAACCUACGACCAUUUUUAAGCUGGUGGUUAUUGCGUUUGAUGAUGGUGAGCCUGUGAUGUCCAGCAGUGCCGUAGUGAAAAUCCUUGUCUUACAUCCCGGAGAAAUCCCACGUUUCACACAAGAGGAAUACAGGCCUCCUCCAGUAAGUGAACUGGCUGCGCGAGGGACUGCAGUGGGUGUCAUUUCUGCCGCGGCCGUCAAUCAGAGCAUCGUGUACUCAAUUGUCUCAGGAAAUGAAGAGGGAAAGUUUGGAAUUAAUAAUGUCACGGGUGUUAUCUAUGUGAAUGACCUUCUGGACUAUGAAACAAGGACAAGCUAUGUACUUCGAGUCCAAGCUGAUUCCCUGGAAGUGGUCCUUGCCAAUCUCCGAGUUCCUUCAAAAAGCAAUACAGCUAAGGUAUAUAUUGAGAUUCAGGAUGAAAAUGACCAUCCCCCAGUGUUUCAGAAAAAAUUCUACAUUGGAGGUGUAUCUGAAGAUGCAAGGAUGUUUGAUCCUGUGCUCAAAGUUAAGGCUACUGACAAAGAUACUGGCAAUUAUAGUGCCAUGGCAUACAGGCUCAUCAUCCCACCCAUCAAAGAAGGAAAAGAAGGAUUCGUGGUGGAAACAUAUACAGGGCUGAUCAAAACAGCCAUGCUCUUCCAUAACAUGAGGAGGUCCUACUUCAUGUUUCAAGUCAUCGCAACUGACGACUAUGGGAAGGGACUGAGUGGCAAAGCAGAUGUACUUGUCUCUGUUGUCAAUCAGCUGGACAUGCAAGUCAUUGUUUCCAAUGUGCCACCGACUCUCGUGGAGAAAAAGAUAGAAGAACUUACAGAGAUCCUGGACCGCUAUGUUCAGGAGCAGAUUCCUGGUGCCAAAGUUGUGGUGGAGUCCAUCGGUGCUCGCCGGCACGGAGAUGCCUUUUCUCUGGAAGAUUACAGCAAGAGCGACUUGACUGUCUAUGCGAUCGACCCUCAAACCAACAGAGCCAUCGACAGAAAAGAGCUUUUUAAAUUCUUGGAUGGCAAACUGCUCGAUAUCAAUAAAGACUUUCAACCGCAUUAUGGGGAAGGAGGACGCAUCCUGGAGAUCCGGACGCCGGAGGCAGUGACCAGCAUUAAGAAGCGAGGAGAAACCCUGGGCUACACAGAAGGCGCCUUGCUGGCUCUGGCCUUCAUCAUCAUCCUCUGCUGCAUCCCCGCCGUCCUGGUGGUUCUGGUCAGCUACAGACAGUUUAAAGUACGCCAGGCCGAAUGUACCAAGACAGCUCGCCUCCAAGCUGCCGCUGCUGCGAUGCCCCCUCCCAAGCCAGCGGCUCCGGCCCCAGCGGCCGCCCCUCCAGGCCCGCCACCUCCGGGCGCACAUCUCUACGAAGAAGUUGGGGACAGCACAAUGUAUGAAAUGCCUCAAUAUGGAAGUCGCCGUCGCUUGAUACCACCAGGUGAACAAGAGGAAUAUGGUGAGGUGGUUGGUGAAGCUGAGGAGGAGGAAGAGUGGGCAAGAAAAAGAAUGAUCAAGUUAGUUGUUGAUGGAGAUUAUGAAACCAGCUCAACUGGAGAAGACAGCACUCCUGAAUGUCAGAGAAGCCGUCUCCACCCUCCUAAUAUCCACAGUAAUGUCAACGGCAAUAUCUACAUUGCCCAGAAUGGUUCUGUGGUGAGAACCCGCCGGGCCUGCCUCCUGGAUAACUUUAAAGGGGCCUCCCCUGUGCGACUGGGGAGGCAUUUUAAGAAACUAGACAAGUUGGCAGUGACUCAUGAGGAGAAUAUCCCCUUGAACACUCUGUCCAAGGGGCCAUUUUCUACUGAGAAAAUGAACACAAGACCAACUCUGGUUACAUUUGCCCCUUGCCCACUGGGGACUGACAGUAUGGCAGUGAAGCCACUGGGGAGCAGGCUGAAAAGCACAGUUGAACAGGAGUCUGUGAUGGACAGGAAGAGUGUUCAGGAAGCUUUGGAAUUCCAGAGUGACCACACGCAGUCAGAUGAGGAGGAGCUUUGGAUGGGCCCUUGGAACAACCUCCACAUACCAAUGACAAAACUGUGA